ACUCUCAAUGAAUUUCAUACGCGAAUUAUAACAAAUCAGCAACCACCAAGUUCCGCAGAAAUUUUAACCACAUUACGUUAUUUUCAACAAACAUUAAUCGGAUUUUUAAAAGAAAUGCCAUCAUCAUCCGAAUAUGAUUUUGAGAAAUAUUCUGCUGAAUUUCAUCGAUCAAAUUUAUAUCCAAAUUUGAAUUAUACUGGUGUUUUUUAUGGAAUUGUUAAUCUUAUUGAAGUUUUCCCGAAUUUACCUACAGCACAAGCAGCAAUUGCGGAUGCAAUUUUAGAUAUGAUUAAAGCACUUUAUUUAUUUUUACAAAGAGAUUCGGUUGAAAAAUUACCAUAUUUAAUUGCUUGUCAACUUGGUGUUUUUCCAAAUGAACUUGAUAAAAAAUUACUUCAUCUUCUUUGCGAUUGCUUAAUACCAUUUAUUAUAACAUCGACAGAUGAAUGGCUUUCAAUUCCCGCAAUAAUGAUGCUGGUUUUUCAACAUUCAUCGGAUCCAAGUUUGCAUACAUUAUUUGUCGAAAGUUUAAUGGCACAAAAACAAAAUGUUUAUAAGGAUAUAGUGCAAGUCCUAGCUAGAGGAACAAGUGAAGCUCGAAUCGCAGCUGCCAAUUUACUAUUCCAUUAUUGGCCAAUAUAUAGUGGACAAAUUCUUCAGAGAAGGCCGAUACAGUAUCGUGUUCAAGGUUUACUUUGCGACUGCUUAUUUAUUAUCCUGGCCAAUUCAAGAAAAUGUUAUAAUUUAUCGAUAUCAAUCGAAUAUGCAGAAACAACACCACCAAUAUUACUAUGUAAAACGUGUUCUGAUAGUUUACAAAGCGAUUGUAAAAUUAAAACGAUGUGCAAUCCGUUAGCAGCAAUGAAUAAUCUUAUGUGCCAAAAUAAAGGUAAGCGACCAAAAUGGUUGCGACAACUUGAAAGUGGCCAUAAUAUUGGUCGUGAUAUUGAUAAAAUGGCUGAUGAAAGACGUAUGCUUAGUCGUUUUGGUAUAUGGCUUAUGUCUUCAUUAUGCUCACCAACUCCUGACGCAGAUCCACAAUCAGUUGGAUAUAUAAUGUCAAUGUUAUUUCAAUGGUUUGCUACGACUGCACUUUUACCGAAUGAUGCGAUGGGUGCUGCUUUAGAACAGCUCAAAACUGAUUUCGUCUCAGAUUGGAUUAAUCGUGGUAUAUCGAACCAUUAUGAUAUAUAUAUCGAAACACUUAUGCCAUAUCCACCGGAAUAUGCGCAGGUUGGUGGUGUUUGGGAUAAACUUUCAACAAAAAAAGAACAAAUGCGAGAAGGACUUAAUAAACUUCUCUCAAUUAUGCCUUAUGAUAUUAUUACAUUGGCUACAUGGAAUAAAAUAAUGCCUUUCUGGUUAAAAAGUAUUUGUGAGCAAAUGGAAUCUGACGAAUGUUCAGAUAUAAAAAUUUUAUUAUCCAAAAUUUUUGAACCUGAUUUAUGUCCACUUCCAUUUGAUUCCAAUCAAAUAUAUGAAUUUAUAACUGAACGAUUAAUUAUGGGUGAUGAAAAUGAUAUUGCAAAUGCUCUCGAAUGGCUUCAUGCAUUAUCUCGCAUGGAUAUUUCAAUUCCUUUAAAUCUUUUACUUGAAGCAUUUUCGAAGUGUGCAAUUCGCUUAGCAGAAAUAGAGAAAAUUUCGGAUGAUAAUAAUGAAAAUGAUUUAGAAGAUGGACGAAUCGCUGUUCAUGUAACAUUAAUUGAUAUAAUAGCAUUACAGAUGAAAUUGAAUGAUAUAGGCGUUCAUGAAAUUGCAAAUGUAGCCGAAGAGAUUUUCUCGACAUGUGCAUAUUUAUUAAAAAAGCCAUUCGCUCGUGGUGAACAUUCUUGUACGAAUCCAGAAGCUGACGAAUUUUUGGAUUGUUCACCAUGUCAACAAUCAGCAUUUGUUUAUCAGACAGUAUCACAACUUGUUGAACAACUUUGUCCAAAGCAACAAAUGCGAAUCGUUACGGAAAAAGAUGAAAUUAUUACUAAUUGGACGGAUCAAUUUACAACAGAUAUAGCAUCAGUUCACCAGUCGUUUAGUUCCGUUAAAUCGUUGUCUCUUAUCGGAAUUCCCGAGAGUCCCGAUGUUUUGCAAUGCAAAGACGAAACGCCAAAAGCCAACAUACUUCAAUAUCAAACAGCUAAAGUUCAUGAAGGAAUAGAAGAUAUGGAAUUUGUAGGAGUUUUGCCGAGUGAAGAGUUGGAAAUCGGCGUGGCUGCAGCUACUACGUUGACUGAAAUCGAUGUUGGACAUGAAUCAUGUCAUGUAGUGACAUCAACGUUAGUUGAUAGUGUUAAAGGAGUACCGGAACAAGCUCCACUUAAAGUUCAGUCUGAGUUCUGGGACACAUCAGUUGGUCGAUUCAGAUUCACAAUCGACAAAUUACCACCUCAGCUUCGAUUAAUUCACUCCAUAUUAACGAAUUUCGAUUUGGAACGAGAUGUUGAUGUGCAAUUUUAUAUGCUAUCAAUAUUGAAAUAUAUUUGCCUUCAUUGUGAAGCACUGGUUAAUGCACGUCGUGAACAUCGCGGAUUUUUAAUUUGGGCUCAAGAAAAUUUAUUAAUUCCAAAGCUGUGGGAAGCACUUCGUAUCAAUAAAUCUCAGCUGGCUGAAUUAGCAAUACCACUAAUUAUGCAUUGUUUAACAAUACCUUGUGGUGAAGAAGUCUUUUGGAAAACCGUCGUCAAUCAGUUCAUUAGUGAUUCUUGGCAGCAGCGUUUUAUUGCUGUGGAGCAUAUGAGCGUACUUUGUCAGCUUGCUAAUGCAGUACCAAUUAGUUCAAACUUAGUUAUACAAACAUCACUAAGCUGUGGUGUAGCACUUCUCAUUUCAUCUGUGAACGAUCCAAAUGCUGCUGUAGCUCAACGUGCCAUUCUUUCUCUUCGAGCUAUGCCAUCCGCUUCACUUAAGUUGAUGUGUUUAUGUUUGGAAUCACAAUUCGAUACGUCAAUAACAGAUCGAGCUUUGAUAAUAAAUCGAAUACAAAUUCUAACGCAAGUUUUACCUGAUCAAGAAAUUCUUUCAUGGGAUUUUUUCAUUCAGCGAUUUGAAAGUCUCACAAUUGAGAGUCAAUUGCAAUUACGAGGAACGGCAGAUUCAACCUAUGUUCAUGAUUUAAUGCAUUCUGAUCCGAUGAGUGAAAUUUAUCAACGGCGAUUAUCACGUGCUCGUCAAGUCAUCGACAAUACAUUAACGGUACAUUCGAUAGUACGUAGUUUGCGAGAAAAUACAUUGCGGCAUCAUAUGGAUAUGAGAAAAAUUAAUAUUACGAAUAAAGAAAUCAUGAGGUCAUAUGGUCGCUUACGUGAAUUUACGGAUGAAGAAAGUAAUGCGUGUCUAUUAUUCAAUCGAGUUGUUGAUAUGGAAAAUUCCGAACGGCAUAUCGUUUAUAUGACUAUUUCACUUUUUGUUAGCUUCCUUCGUAGAACUAAAAAGGCCGGUGAGGAUAAAGCAACGGCCAAGAAACAAAGCCUAUUGCUUAGGCAUUUUAAUACACUUAUUGGUUAUAGUAAUUCAGAAAAAUGCUUUACAAUUCCACCGAAACGAUUACAAAAAUCAGCAAUUUGCAAUGCUUUCUUGGCUGGACUUCCUGAAAUUCUUGACUGCAAUCUUCUUAUAGCAAAUCAAAUUAUUACGCUUAGUUUACAAUUACUUAUUCAUUUGCCAUCACCGCAAAGAUUUGCAAGUGAUCAACCAACAAAGGAAUAUUCUUUAGCGUCACUACAAAUUCUUCUUCGCCAUUCUUGGCUGAAUUCGUUAAUUCUUAUUUUAUACAAAUAUCGUUACGAUGCACCACCGAUGAGUGAAUAUAUUCGUAAAUUAAUACUUAUUGUACUUUGUACACUUGAAACACAGGUUAGAGCCUCAUUUUUUUUUUUUUUUCUAAAUGCACUCACUAAUUUUUUAAUUCUGACGACUCCUCUAUCGCCAAGUGAUUCCUUAGUAAAAAUUUGUCCGAACCAAAAUUUGUCUACUCCAACAGACCAGAGGAGCGAUCCUAAUGUGCUAAUUCAUCUCGAUUGGUUCUUAAUUGGUUCUAAUCUAAAAAUAAAUUUAGCUAUUGAUCAUAGUCAAAGACGAGGACAAUUACGUUGUGGUUAUUGUAAUGGAAUUUUGGAGAACGUUGAUGAAGAAAGUCUUUCUCUAUGCUUCAUUGCUAUCGAAACAUUCGUACAUCGUGAACCAACUAUGGCUGCACCACUACUUUUUAGAAUAAUUGAUGCAGUCACCAAGCUUAUUGAUAAAGCCGUUUAUCCUUGGCACGAUACGCCAAUUUUUAUUUCUGGAAAUUCUCGAAGUGUAGCAAAACAAUUAUUACGCGUUCUUUUGCAGCAGAUGUCCUCAAGCGGUAUUUGCCUUCAAUUAUUUAAUACAAAUAUUGAAGAUCCACAUACUUUUUGGCCAAUUAUCUCGUUUUCACUUGCUGACUUUCAGGAACUCAAUCCUGUAUCUGUGAUCCAAAAUCUCUUAGAGGAUAUCAUCGAUGAUUGGCCGAUGCGCUUAUCACGAAUAUUAUUUAAUUUAGCAGAAUAUAUUCAACACGUUCCGGCCGAUGCAUAUUUUUUACAAUGGAACAAUGUUGUAUCAAUGUUCGAUACAUUUUUCCGACGUUUACUACAGGGCUCAAUAUCACUUGUCGAAGGAUUUUCGAAAUGGAUGACGGAAGCAAUGCAUGAAUGUAAGGCAGAUUUAUUGGAUUUAUUAGCUAUAUGUACAGCUUGCAAUCGAGCUUUAGUUCGAGAACGUGAUAAGCAAUGCUUAACAAAGGCAAUUGUAUCGGAAUUGAUACAAGCAAUAAAAUUUAAAUGUGAUAUGAAUGAGCAUAAUUAUGUAACGAUCAUAGCGUUUAUACUUCAGGAUGCUGGAGAAAAUAUUUCUGAGGAAACUGUAGACGACCAGUUCAAUACAUCUGCAUGUGAAGCGAUACGACCGUAUAUUAUGGAUAUUAUUGAAUUUAUAUCGGAUCUACAUGUUCUUGCGAAACUUAAAAAGAUAACAAGCUCAGACAAUAUCGGUGGCGAUAUAAAAGCGUCAUUGGCGCAAGUCGUGGCUAUAGAAAUGAGUCGCGUUAAAGAUGCGAGAAAUGUGAAUCGCUUCAUUCCUUGGCUAAUAUCGCCACCUUCAGUUACUCAAUCGUCUCCUGGAACUUUUGCUGAAGCAGUUACUAAUGUUCGCCUUUUGUCUUGGUUACUUCUUGGAGCGCUACAUGCCACUCAACCUUGUAUGCCAGUGCCUAUUGAAUGUUCGCAAUAUAUGGCUGAUUAUAUUCAUUUUGUGCUUGCUGGAUUUGCAGAUCAAUCCAAGCAAUCCGUCGUACAUAUGUCAGCAUUAUUUCAUGCCUUUCAUUUAUGCCAAUUAUGGACAGUUUAUUGUGAACAAGCUGCGCUAACAUCGAAUGAAUUCGCUUAUAAAAUUUUCGCUAAUAUUCUCGAUUUUUGGGCUCGUGUAACGCCUGCAAUACUUCAACUUCUUUCACAUUCUAAAGUGUUAGCCGAUAUGGUAAAUCUACAUUUUUUAAAUACAAUGCAAGCAUUGCAACAAUGUAAUUCAGCAGUGCUAUGUCAGUUAAGCGCAAUGUGGCAGCCAAUAUUAACAGCUUAUCACGGACAAAUACCAAGCCAACUACGAAUGAAAUUGGAUUCCUGCGAAAAUCAACCAUCAUUGCAUUUACAAUCAUUAUCACAAUGGUUAAAAGGUGUUCGAUAUAAAAUAUCACAGAUUGAAUUGCAAACAUCUGCUGCAUCACCCUUUUAUAAUGUUUGA